AUGAAGGCCAACACUUUAGUGCCCUUGCUCGGUCUCUCCGGCAGCGCUGCCGCUGCGGCCGUGGCUGCGUCCAGCAACACCCCCUUUGGGUACGCCUCUGGCUCCAAGGAGUCCAUUGCCAACCUGAAGGACAAGAUUGAGAAUGUCGUGUGGAUUCUGCUGGAGAACCGCAGUUUCGACAACAUCCUGGGUGGUGUCAAGCGCAAGGGUCUGGAUAACGUGGUUAACAACGGCCCCUUCUGCAACCCUCAGAAUGUGAGCGAUCCCAGCAGCACCAAGUGGUGCAGCGUGUACAAGGACUUUGACUCGGUCAAACAUGACCCCGAUCACUCGGUCACCGGUUACAACAUGGAGUUGUACGGCACGUACACUCCCAGCAACGAUGCCAUCGCCAGCGGCACCCUGAAGCCCAGCAUGAACGGCUUUGUGGAGCAGCAGCUGGUGCACCACAAGGGCCUUGAUCCCAAGGUGGCCGAUGAGGAGGUCAUGGGCUACUACUCCGAGGACGAGAUCCCCACUCUUGUCAACCUGGUUGACGAGUUCACCACCUUCAACUACUGGCACUCGUGUGUCCCUGGUCCCACCAACCCCAACCGCCUGUGCGCCCUCUCUGGUACCUCCGAUGGCCACGGCACCAACGACAACAGCUUCGACGUCUCUGGCAUCGACAUCUCCAGCAUCUUCCAGGUUGCCACCGAGAAGGACAUCACCUGGAAGAACUACGACGGCACCAACGGUGCCUUCCUUUCCGACGCUCUCUUCUUUAACUGGACCGCCCAGAACGCCAAGCAGAACGUCGUCCCUCUCGAGAACUUCUACCAGGACGCCUACCUCGGCCUCCUGCCCCAGCUCUCCUACAUCAACCCCUCCUGCUGUGAUCUCGAUACCAACUCCAUGCACCCCUCCGGCAACGUCUCCUUCGGCCAGGUUCUCGUCAAGCAGAUCUACGAUGCCGUCCGUACCGGGCCUCAGUGGGACAAGACCCUCCUGCUCGUCACCUUCGACGAGACCGGUGGUUUCUACGACCACAUUCAGCCCCCUGUGGCUGUCCGCCCAGACAGCAAGACCUACACCGAGACCGCCGCUGACGGCAGCUCCUACACCUUCAACUUUGACCGUCUGGGCGGCCGUAUGCCUACCUGGCUUAUCUCUCCGUACACGCCCAAGGGACACAUUGAGAACUACGGUGUUGACCCUGCCACCGGCAAGACUGCUUCGUACAGUGCCACUUCCGUGCUCAAGACCAUUGGAUACCUCUGGGAUCUCAAAGACUUUACUCCCCGUGUCUCGCACUCGCCUGCUUUUGACCAUUUGAUUGGUCCUAAGAAGCGCGAUGCGCCUACGACCUUGGCUAAUCCCCAUCCCUUCCCUGAUGCUGUUUAG